AGCGGGUCGUCAUCGUGGUUGGCAGUUGGUGGAGGCACGGAGGUCGGAGUAACUCGCUCCGGUGUGGGAUGGAGCAGAGAGAGAGAGAGAGAGAGAGAGAGAGAGGGGGAGACAGAGACAGGGAGAGUGAGCGUGUGAGGAGAGGUCCGCCGACACUCUGUCUCUACUCUUUGUGUUUGUUCUUGUGAGUGUGUGGCCUAGUCUUUGUUGAACAGCUUCACCUGGAUUGAUUAGCAGCAUGGGAAGCUUAAAGAGCAAGCUGAAGGCGCUGGUGAUGGUGGCCGGGGUGGUGGUGGCCCUCCUGGCCGUGGUGUACCGUGUGUACCUGGUCAUGCACCGUGCUGUGCCCGCGGACCUGGCCGAGGUGGAGAAGAUUCGCUGGCUCGACGAGAUGGGCAGGAUCGCUCGAUACGGUAUACAGGAAGUCCCCUCAGCACCCGUUCCCAGCCGCCUACGAGGACAGCCUGGCCGUGACCCGCUACGUCAUCAACAACGCUCGGGACCUGAACAUCUGCAAAGACCUGAUCGUGGUGGCAGGCGAUGGGGCGGGGGGAAACUUGGCUGCAGCCGUCGCCAACGAAAUGGCGAGUCUGAUUCGCCUCCAAGUGCUCAUCAACCCGGCACUGCAGAUGCUCAACUUCGCCACUCCGUCGUACCAGGAACACGUAGACAACGCCAUCCCAGGCAUCACGUCCACAGAGAAGACUGUCUCCAGCUGGAUGCGUUACGCGCACGUUCACGCGGACGUGAAACCCGCCAUGCUCGACAAUCUCCAUGUCUCCUUAAGACACUACAGCUUUUUAUCCAAUUUUGUAGACAGUCGCCGACGGCUGCCGGCCUACCUCAACGUCACGGACAAGCACACAAUUCACAACAGUGCGUGCAGAGAGGAAGUCUCGUCUGUUUUGGACCAGUAUGUGUUGGAUUCCCGGUUCAACCCAAUGUUCGCGCCCGACGUGAGGAAUGUGGCCGACGCGUACAUCAUCACUGCCCAGUACGAUGUGCUCCGGGACGAAGGGCUCAUGUAUGGUCAUCGUCUGCAGGAAAACGGCGUGGAUGUGGAGCUGCAGCAUUACAAAAACGGAUUUCACGGGUUUUUCCUAUUUGCCGGCGGAGGCUGGAUUGAGUUUGCAGAAAGCCAGAGAGCGAUGGAGGAUCUCGUUAGUUAUUUACACACAGAGGUGUUAGACCUGCCGUUAUCUGACAUUUAACGGGAGCCAGAUCGCCACUCGCAAGUUUCUAGUUAAUGUUACCGUUGUUUAAAAGAAUCGUUUUUGCUGAGCACCCGUCAUAAUAUUAUCAAAUAGAUGAGUAUUAAGAUACAUCGGCACUAAAGUACUAUAAAUACACAAACUGAAAAAGCGUAUAAUGUACAUUUAGUUCAUUUGGAAUUCUAGCUCUUCAAUUGAUGCUUAUGUUUUGUAGAUAUUUUUAAAAGCCUCAGCAGGAAUCAUGGUUAAAGAAGAUAUCACAUGGUUUUUACAAAGAGAACGGACAUUUAACUCGGAAAUGGAUGAAGUGAGAGCUUGCCUUGACUGUGAUAAACAAUUCCCUGUGAAACUUGCCCCAGAUACGCCUAUCUACAAUAGACAAAGUGAUACAUUCAA